AUGUCAGCAUCAGUUGGCAGCAAACGGAAACGCACCGAGCUCGAUACAGGCGUCGCAUCAGAUGCACAAUCUUCAGCUUCUGCUGAGAAUGUCUUUGGGAAAACUCCUACCGCGUUAGCGACCGCGCCGGUGAGGGAUGAUGGGUCUGCGGGGUACAAAGAGCAGCAGCAGCAGCAGCAGCAGGAGCCAAGACCUAAAAAUGACUCUUAUUACCGCAAUUUGUAUCGUCACGAGGUUGACUUUCGACAAAUGGGAACUCAAGAUCCCGAGUUCAAAGCUGUCUUGAAGCACAAUGGCCAGCUUGACUUUACCGACCCCAAGGCAGUGAUGCAGCUCACCAAAUCCUCACUGAAAUUACAUUUUGGUCUGAGGAUGGAAUUGCCGGAUGAUCGCCUGUGUCCUCCAGUCCCAAAUCGCCACAACUAUAUCCUAUGGCUCAAAGACCUCCUUGACUCAAGCUCGUACAGUCCAGCGGGUGCUAAACUGACAGGCCUUGAUAUCGGUACCGACGUCGACCAAAAGAGCCUCUCAUACGCAGAGAAGAAUAUUGCCGCCAAUAACCUCUCCCAUCGGAUCAAGCUCGUUCCCCGCCCGGAUCCAGCCAAAUCCCCUCUGGUCCCUCUCGAUGAGCUGGAAAUCGACGCCAUCGAUUUUGUAAUGACCAACCCACCAUUCUACGAGUCGGAGAAGGAACUUCUCACCCUGGCAGCGCAAAAGGAACUCCCACCUUCAACUGCCUGCACUGGCGCUCCCGUCGAGAUGGUACAUUCGGCCGGCGGCGAGGUUGGCUUCGUCAUGCGGAUCCUGGAGGAGUCCUUUGUCCUGAGAGAGAGGGUGCGCUGGUACACGAGCAUGUUGGGCAAAUUAUCCAGCCUCGAGGUACUGGUCGAGACUUUGAGAGACAAGGGGGUAACAAAUUAUGCCAUCACCGAGUUCGUUCAGGGAACUAAGACGAAACGAUGGGCUGUGGCAUGGAGCUUCAGCAGGACGAGGGCAGGCCAGACUGCCGCGAGGGGAAUGGCACAGCUGGCUUGGAGAAAGGUCCUUCCGCCUCCUGUGGAAGUCGAGAUUGGGGCUUUGGAGGUCGGCAAGGUUGGGGAGGUAGCCGAUAGGAUCGACACCCUGAUGCAUGGCCUAGAGCUGGACGAUUGGGGCUGGGACAAACAAGAACUGAAGGGAGUUGCCAGAACAAGGGGGAAUGUCUGGGGUAGGGCGUGGAGGAGACGGAAGGCGAGGGAGAAGGAGGGCGCGGAAGAAUCCAUUCCUGGAGCUGCAGAAAGCAAAAAGCCGUUCUCAGGGUUUGAGGUUGCCAUGGCUGUUGGCAGGAGCCAGGCCGUGGUGAUGUGUCGUUGGCGUGAGGGUCACGACGAGGCCACUUUUCAAAGCUUUUGUGGGUUUCUGAAGUCAAGGCUUGAGCUGGUCAGUGGUGAUGUAGCCAAGGUGAGAUAA